AUGAAAUUCGAGGUCGGUUACAUGGUUUCCUCCGGUCAACCAACCAAGGAGUACAUCGACUUUGCAGUUAAACAUGUUCUGUUUAUACAGAGUUUGCUUGGAAUCAAUGUUAAGGUCCUGUUUGACUGGGACCCUAUUAGGCAGGUAGGACCAAUGACACAAUUACUCGAUGUUGUGAUCAUCCAUGCUCCCAAGGGAAAAUAUGUUAACCCCGCACCUGCUCAGGUUGUAACUUUGGCUGCUCUUCUACUGGAAGCUCCCCUCACAGCUGUAGAUUACCCUGAGAUGAUCCCAGCCGUCUAG